CAAAUGGAUACUCCAUCAUGGGUUUCUUACUUUAUAGCAUUGCUCGCCACUCUAGCCUUCAUCCUCCUCUACAUCCGCCUCCGCCGUGGUCGGAAACUCAACUUACCACCCGGUCCAAAACCCUGGCCGAUAAUCGGUAACCUCAACCUCAUCGGCUCACUUCCCCACCGGUCCAUCCAUGCCCUCUCAUUGAAAUUCGGGCACAUCAUGCAACUUAAAUUUGGGUCAUUUCCGGUUGUGAUUGUUUCAUCCGUUGAAAUGGCCAAAGCCAUAUUGAAAACCAACGAUAUCAUCUUCACCGAUCGGCCUAAAAACGCCGCCGGGAAAUACACUACUUACAAUUACUCCGAUAUUACAUGGUCUCCUUAUGGUCCAUACUGGCGUCAAGCACGAAAAAUAUGCCUAACCGAGCUGUUUAGUGCGAAACGCCUAGAGUCAUACAGCCACAUCCGAAGAGAGGAGAUGAUAUUGUUCCUAAAAAAGUUGUACGAAUCAUGUGGUACCCCAAUUGUUUUGAAAGAUCAUCUUUCGACCUUGAGUCUUAACGUGAUCAGUAGGAUGGUGUUCGGGAAGAAAUACACGGAAACGACCGGCGACGCCGAGAUCCUGACCCCGAAGGAGUUCAUGGAGAUGCUCGACGAGUUGUUCUUGCUUAAUGGUGUGCUUGAUAUCGGUGAUUCCAUCCCUUGGCUCAGUUUCAUGGAUUUGCAGGGCUAUAUUAAGAGAAUGAAGGCGCUGAGCAAGAAGUUCGACAGGUUCUUGGAACAUGUCUUGGACGAACACAACGAAAGGAGAAAAGGGGUCAAAGAUUAUGUUGCUAAGGACAUGGUGGACGUGCUUUUGCAGCUGUCUGAGGAUCCAACACUUGAGGUCAAGAUUGAAAGGCAUGGAGUGAAGGCAUUUACUCAGGACAUGAUAGCCGGUGGAUCCGAGAGUUCAGCAGUGACUGUAGAAUGGGCAAUCUCGGAGUUGUUGAAAAAACCAGAAAUUUUAGCCAAGGCAACGGAAGAACUCGACAGUGUCAUCGGCAGGGAACGAUGGGUCGAAGAGAAAGACAUCGAGAAUCUACCCUACAUCGACUCGAUCGCCAAGGAGACUAUGCGGUUGCACCCCGUUGCACCCAUGCUUACGCCUCGUGUUGCUCGUCAAGACUGCCGAAUAAAUGGCUAUGAUAUUCCCAAGGGCACUCGAGCUCUUGUAAGCGUUUGGACGAUCGGGAGGGACCCUAGUGUUUGGGACAACCCUAAUGAGUUUUGUCCCGAGAGAUUCCUGGGAAAGAGUAUUGAUGUUAAAGGUCAUGACUUUGAGCUUUUGCCGUUUGGGGCAGGAAGAAGGAUGUGCCCUGGAUAUGGUUUAGGGAUCAAGGUGAUUCAAGCAAGUUUGGCUAAUGUUUUGCAUGGUUUUACUUGGAGAUUACCUGGUAAUGCCACGAAAGAUGACCUGAAUAUGGAAGAAAUCUUCGGGCUUUCCACGCCUAAAAAGUACCCACUCCACAGUGUUGCAGAGCCAAGGCUCCCACUUCAUAUGUACUCUUGCUCAUUCUCGUCUUUGACAUAAUAAAAUAAUGGUUCAAUUGGUGUGGUC